AUGGCGGUGCAAGUGCAAGGGGGAGUAACAGGCCUGUUCACAGGACUUUUAGAAUAUAUCUGGGGAAUCCUUUUGAUGCAGUUGGUGCAGCAGCUCGCCGACAACGACCCCAACCGCUAUGGCACGCCGCCUGCCGCCAAGGACGUCGUCAAGAACCUCCCCACCGUCACCGUCGACGAAGACACUGAACUCGGAGUUGAACCAGUGUGCGGUUUGCCAGGAGAGUUUGAGAAGGGGUCGCAUGUGACGCAAAUGCCCUGCAAGCACGUGUACCACGGUGACUGCUUGAUUCCCUGGCUUCGCCUGCACAACUCUUGCCCCGUGUGCCGGUACGAAUUGCCCACAAACGACGCCGAUUACGAGAAUCGGACGCAGGGGAACGCCGGUGAUGGGUCGAGGUCCAAUAAAAUCAAAUAA